GGAGCAACAUCAGACUUUUAUCUGAUUUCUAGUUCUUGUACAACACCUGUGUCUCUGUGUCAAUGUCCAGAGAACAAAUCAGGAAUUAUUUGAUCAAAUGAUGAGUCAACAAGAUGCUGAAUCUGAACAGAAAUACUGACCAGUUCUGGACUUUUUCAGAUGCUCAUUUUGGUUUGUUUAAAAAAAAAGUAAUGGCUCUAAAAUCAUCAAUUACAAAAUAUAAACAAUGUUUUUUGGGCUGAAAUAAGCUUUAAAUGAUGUUAAUGGUAAACUUUUAGAAUUCAAAUAGCAAAAAUGGUAGUGUUUUACAUUGCAGGAGACAUUUUCUCAUGUGAGAAGAUUUGUCGUUACAGGCUGAGGUGUCAUCCACAACAGUGAACGUUCAUGUCACAUCCUCUCACUUCCUGUCGCCUCUCCACUGUACUCUGAAGGCAUAAAAAGUCUCCUUAAAAACCAGCAGAGCCAGAGUCUCCUCUUUCCUCUGUGGGCGAUCUAUGUAAACAGACAGAACAGACACAUUAGAUCUUUGUUUGCCAGGCAGCCCAUUAGUCUUCUUCUUCUUCUCCAGCGUCUCUAUUUUCCAGCUCGUCACUGUUCUCCAUCUGCAGAGCGGCUGGUUUCCAUCCUAGUGUCAACGCUGAGGUCAGAGUUCAUAAGGGACGGAAAGGAUGGCGUUCAGUCACAUGAUUUUCUCAGAGCCGGGAACCACAUGACCCCUAAACUUGUCAAGUCCACCUCCCCCCCACCCUCCGGGCCCUAAAAUAACAUACAGAACAGUGUGUGACUGAGCUGCCGGCCGUUAACCCUCCACACCCUCUCCAGCUCUUAUCUCUUUCAGACACUGAGGUGUCACUGACAGUUGGCAGCUCUCUAAUCAGCUUCUUCCACAUUUUGGCUGAGCUUGUGGGUAAAAAAUAAGAAGAAGAAGAAGAAGAAACCUCUGUUUACUCAAAACCUACUGGACGGGACAAAGGGGCAGAUCUAGGAGUUAUUUGUAUAUUCUUACAAAUUAUGAGAUGAGGAGUUUUUCUGUUUUCUCCCCACCAACUUUCAAGUAAAAUAAUUCAUGGAUCUUGAUAAAAAGAUAUGAUUUGCAAAUCGGCUGGCUUGAAACCAAAAUCAAAAUUUGACAGCUGCAAUCCGAGAAAACAGGAACGUCGAGUAACAACAAAAAACAUCCAGACAACUUCGUGCUGUUUUCCCACAUGGGCUCACUCUGGCUUCUUCCAGACAUACGGGGAAAAUUCCAGUAAAAGUUUUACUGUGGAAAACUUCAGUAAAAUGUCUGAUAGCAGCUUAGAGGUCCCAUCUGUGUUAAUGACAAAAAACAAUCACUCUACCGGCUUUAUUGUUCCAUUAUAAACUGAAAAGGGCUCAAGAGAAGAUCCAGUGUCUGUUUUUGUAAACCUGAAAUAACCGACACCAUGUUCUUCAUUCCCAGAAUUAAUUUAUAACCGAUAUUGAUCAGUGUGGACUUACCUAUGCAGACCAAAUGUCGAGCUGGUCUCUGCUGAGCUGAUUCUGUGUUAAAGCCCUUUGUACCAGGACAAGUUUGCACAGUGAACGUUUGACUUGUGUAACACAACACAAGUCAAACUCUGCACCAACAAGCUAAUGCAGAUGCUAAUCCUAGAAAAGUGCUUUCUUUUUUCUCUGGAAUUUCUCCUGAGCCUUUUCCCUGAGAUCACUGCUCUUUCCUGCCUGAGGAGGAUACAGACACCUUUACAACUCUGUUUGUACUGUUGGGCCUUGUCCUGCAAAGAGUGAGGACCUGAGACUGGUUGUAUUUUGAGGAAUUUCCCCUUUACUGUUUCUCUUUCAAAAUAGAAUUGUUUGGUGUGAACAUUUCCUCUGGGUGUCGAGCACAGUGUGAAUAAAGAUGGGCGACGUGACAGGGCCCCCAAAAAGGGGAGCCAAAUCGUCUCUAACUCCCUCUGCUGGCCAGCUGCAGUAUAGGUCAUAAACCCUGCCUCCUUCAUGUUUGAACAUAGAUCCUGUCUCCACCAAUAGAAGAGCAGCGCUGCGCCCGGGUCCCAGGCUCCAUGGCGGUGCAGCUGAGUGGAGCGAGGACAGACGAGUGGUCGAUGUCCAGAUGACACAGUCUAACUGUGCUGACAUAGCAGGAUGAACGGCUGACUGACCUCUCGUCCUUCCUCCCGUCGUUGCCCACCUGUCGCGCGUGCAGCCAUGUUGCUGAGGAGGAAGCUGUGCGUUGCUUUGCUGAUCGCCGCCAUCCUCUUCCUCAUGCUGGCCAGUCAGAGCAUCCAGAGGAGAAACGUCCUGCCUCAGUCUUUGUCCCGGCCCACCUUCAAGGCCAUGCACGCCAGCCGGGAGACAGUGGUUGACCACAAAGCGCCUCUUGCUGACCUCAACCCGGACCCACCGGUGACACCCCCUCCUCCCAGAGCCCCCCCGCCUAAGGACAAGGAGGAGCCUGCAGUCGACUCCCAGAAAGUCCUGAGGUCUUGUGGUUGUUCUGGUUCCUGUAUUUCAGACCCCGGGGAGUCGAUAUGGUUCAGCCAGCACUACGAUGCGAAACAACAGCCUGUCCUCCGAGACGCCAACAACAACCUUGACCCUGACGCGCUCAGGUGGUGGAUGGGUCUUCAACGGUCAGGUAACUCCACAACUCUAGAGGAAGUGAUGUCAGAGAUGUUCAAGGUCAUUUCUUCGCCCACCGUGGACUUCAAGCCCCUCCCCUCGCUCUGCCGUCGUUGUGCGGUGGUCGGCAACUCUGGCAACCUGCGAGAGUCCGGACACGGCGACCUGAUCAACUCCCACAACUCCGUGAUCCGGAUGAACAAGGCAGUGACUCGAGGGUUUGAGAAAGAUGUCGGGAGUCGGACGACGCAUCACCUCCUGUACCCGGAGAGCGCGGUGGACAUGGGGCAGGGAGAGAGCCUCGUCCUGCUGCCGUUCAAACUGAGAGACCUGGAGUGGCUGACCAGCGCCUUGUCCACCGGCGAGGUCAAAAUGACCUACAUGAGGGUUAAAGACCGAGUGGAGGCUGAUAAAGACAAGGUUCUGGUGAUGAACCCGGUGUUCUUUAAAUACGUCCACGAUCACUGGACCGAGCACCACGGUCGUUACCCCUCCACCGGGAUGCUGGCCAUCAUCUUUGCUCUGCACACCUGUGACCAGGUGUCAGUGUUUGGUUAUGGGGCCGACAAACAGGGGAACUGGCAUCACUACUGGGAAGAGAACCGUAAUGCCGGGGCCUUCAGGAAGACCGGCGUCCACAGCGCCGACUUUGAGAUCCAGGUCAUUCAACAGCUCGCCAAGGAAGGAAAGAUCAGUCUGCACCUGUGACACGACGACGACUGACCCGCCGACCGACAGACUGACCUGACUACAGAGAUUUACUGACGGACCCAUCAACCCACAGAGCGAUGUGCUUCCCGACCACAGACCUGCAGACCAGUGGACUGAACAACAGACCUGACCUGCAGACAAGCUGCUCUCAGACAUGCUCUGAACUCUGAGCGGCUCUAUGUGAGAACGCGAGUGUCCAAGACUCCAAGUCAGUUGCUUCGGACCUUUUCAAGAACCUUUCCUGGCAGCCCACGAAUCAAACGUCUGGAAAAUGUCAGGUGGAGAUCAUAUGAGAGAACAGCAGGACAAUUCCCAGUGGGCAAGUGGCCCCGUUACAUUUCUACCAUGUGAGGGACGCGAAACGGUAAAUUCCCUAAAGAAUAAAAAUAUCUCAGUUGACGUUGCUGCUCUACCCAGGCUCCACCCCUCGCUUGAAUGUUGUCAUGAACGAGUCCGACCCAGAAAAUGUCCUGCGUUCUUCAUAUGUGAAAGACAAACUCCAGAAAAGGGUCCAGACCCAAUUUGAAUGAAUCUUUUCCAGAGCUCUAUCUGAAAAACGUCUCUCCAAACAGACCUACUGACUGACCUAUCAUCUGGCUGACAGACUUACAUGGGUCCUCCAGCUUUUGCAGACUGACGCCAGAUGUUUUGGAUCUGGAGAUAAACUGUGGACGGAGCUAAACCUGCUUUGGGGGGGGGGGGGGGGGGGAUCGGAGACCCCACCCUGCAGCCUCACUUGAACAAACAGAACAGACAGUUCUUCGGGACCCUCCACUCUCCAUGCGACUGCGUGGAUCGCUCACACAUGUUUUGCUCUGAGUGGGGAAACAACCACAGACUUUUAUCCUUUUUUAUUGGAUUUUAUAGACGUUAUAUAGGGAGAACCUCUUUUUUUAAUCAAAGCACUUUGUCAUGAAGGAGUAAUGAAAGGAGGAGUGCUUGUUGAGUCGCCCUCUGUCCGACCACGAGAAGAGACCUUUUUUUAUAUAUCAUUUAUAAUCCAUCCAUUUUAUUUUUCUUCUUUCACAAGCCGUCCUGACGUGAAGGAUCCUUUCAGACUGGAACAUCUGGAUCCUAAAGCAACAUCACUUCCUGUCGUUACCGUAUAUGGUCCUCAGCCUGUGGUUCUGGUUAUCAAACGAUAGUCUGCAGGAUUUCCGCGGGCAGGAAUGUUUUUUAAGGAACAGUCCAACGUGAUAAUCAUUUUCUAACCACAGUUUUCUGCCUCCUGUAGAUAACAAAGUGGCAAAGCCAAAUAACAAGACUAACUGUAGAGAGCUGAAGACGUUUGACUUCCAGAACAUUUCACAGACGGACGCGACUCCGGAGUCUCGGUUCAGCUGAAGUGACAAAGAUGAGGAGACGACUAAAGAUUUAUCGAAUAAAACGUGACGAGGACAAAGUCAAACAAUCAGUUCCCAGUGAGUGUGGAUGCAGUGCAAUGUACUUUCAAAAAAGUAAAAUUUGAAGUCCAAACCAAAAACCAACCAACACAUGAAUGAAGAAGGACUGAGCAGUCCAGCGAGUAGCAGAGGAGUCGGGUCACCUGACUGCUGCGCCUCCUCCUCACAGGAGAUCCCAGCAUGCAGAGCGGCGGCCUCUCACCUCUACUGUGAAUGUACAAAAAAUAUUAUCAGUCGUCUAAAUGUUUGUGGCUUUGUUUGCACUACGGAGAGUUUCAGGGCGUUUUCACACCGAGUUUGAUUCUGAAUCACAAAUCCCAUCGAGUUCAACUUUCACCCACAAUAUAUGUAUAUAAGUCCCAUAUCUGUUUAUAGAGAUGGACGACGUGUCACAAGAGGGCAAACCCCAUAACUGGAAUGUUUUAAACUUAUCUCAAAUUUUGUUUUUAAUGAUUUGAUGUUGACGCCACAAUCACUAAUGUGCUGAUUCAUGCUCCAAAUGACCUCGCUCAUCCAAGAUGGCCGGGGCCUGUAUCCAGGAUAUUUGAGCUUUGUCCAUCUUUAUUUACAAUCUAUGAGUUUCACAUUGAAGUUAGCAUGUAGGACAAAGACAAAGUUUGAAUUUGGUCUUAAGACUUAAACAUGUUAUAUGUCCAAUGUUUUCAUUACACAGUUAACAAUGGUGUUUUAUUUUGUGGAGAAUCAGAUGCUCUCAAAGAUGCAGAGAUAUUUAACUUUACUGCUCUUGCUUUUAAGAAACACAGUCGCUUGUCUCUGGUGUUAUGUUUGUGCCACAACCAAAAUCAAAGAAUUCUGAUUGGCUGUUUGGUGUCAUGAGGGAGAGCAAAAGUUUAUUCUAGUGAAACUGCAUGAGAGGAGUUAUCAUUGCACGUUAAUAUGGAUAACGGUAAACAUGCAAAUUGGUUUCAUUGCGCACAGGAUCGUUUUUGUAAAAAAUAGAACAUUAUUUAUUUGGUUUGCAAACUAUAUUUUUCCUGAGCUCUAAAUCUCAAAUUGCUGGCUCAGGAAAGAGGCACAAAUAUAACACCGGACUUGUCCUGGUGAUAAAACAAGUUAAACUAUCAAACUAUCUUAUCUUGCAAACAACCCUUCUAAUGGUAAUGUUUGUACGACAAAUCUGUUUCUGGAUUUCAGAAUCAUCUCAUUGUGGAGUUUAUAUUUUUUUCUCACCCUCACUGAGAUUCGUCUUCUCUCUGAUUCAUACAAACCACCAGUGUGAAAUCGCCUCUGAGACGUUUAGUAAAGAUCAGUCUGCUUCAAACAGAGUUAGAAAUGGAGAAGUUCCAUCCCAGCUUACACUCACAUCCCCGCACAUCUGCAUCAAGGGGAGGUGGCUGUUUCCAGCUGUCAGAAACUCACCCGGCACCUUGUCUGAAGCCGACUGAGGCCUUAUAAAUAAUCAUGAAUGCUGAAUCAUCAUCUGGAGGCUGCUGCUGUGUCAUCGGCCCGGCUGCUGUGGGGGGGGGGGGGGGCAGGGCAGGGCAGUCUGAGUUCAAUCCUUUUCCCGUUAAGUCUCUAUAACCCGACCUGUGACACAUCAGACACUGCGGUUCACCUGAGCUCAGCCACUCGAUGACAGAGCAGCUCCGGCUUCCUGAGCUGGAUUUAACAUGUGGAUGCAAAGUUUGGGGAUUUGCAGUUGUUGAAGUUGUAAACAGAUUUAUUUCCUCCGCUUUGUUGUGAGUUUAAAUCCAAAGUUGUGCUCGUUAGAAUCCCUGCGCAGGGACGUGCACAUCAACCAAUCAGCUGCUUGUGAUUUCCUAAUGAUCAGUCGAACGUGAUCUGUAGAUGUAGAUCAGAGUGACGUCCAUUGACCAAACAACAUGUAUGUGUCAUGUAUGUGCAGCUACCAUAGCUUUAAUUCAGCUCAUCGUGUUUAAACUGUGACUGUUUGAUUAAAGAAAGAAAAGUCCAAUUCGUUUUAGAAAACAACCGACUGAUCGUCACUUCAUUUAUUCAUUCGUUCGUUCGUUCAUUCCUAGAAGCCAAACAGACAGAAGCACUGGAAUGUCAACUUAAUACAGAAAACAACAUGAACCCACCACUGUCACUUUGAAUGAAAUAAAGAAAAAAAAAAACAUUGUUUGUGUUCUUUCAAUCCAAAAACCAAACAACUCUGGAAGUAAACGUUGAAACGCUCAAACCCAGAGGGUUCACAUAUAUAUGUCGGUGUAGUUUUUAUUCAGGCCAGAUUGGAGAAAGAGACAUUGUGAGAUUUCGAGAACAAAACUGUUAUUUUACGAGAAAAGUCCGAUCGUAAUAUUCUUUCUUUUUUUCUUCUUAAAUUAAGACAUUAUUGUUAUAUAAUGACAUCCAUUAAAUUCUGACUUUCUACAACUUUA